GUGAAUUUAAAACGGAAGUGGAGUGAAUGUCUCAAGCUCCUACUUCCUUGUGUUGUUGCGUCCUGUUACCUAUUCAGUCCAUCGUACGCUUGGAUCUGGGCAAACGUCUGAAUUAUAGGGGGGGGGUUCCUUGUAUUGGGCCAACCGUUCAUGCCCCUCGGAGAGGCCGCUGUCAGUUUCCACUGUGCGUCUGCGGCUCUGCUGACAUCAUACAGGAAGACAAACGGUCGAGUGGCGGCUGAACAGAGACAGGAAACCGCUGCAGCUUCGUCACGGGCCUCAGGAUGACUGAAUUCUGGGUUUGUUUCAGCUGCUGUAUCGCCGAGCAGCCGCAGCCUAAACGGCGACGACGAAUCGACCGCUCCAUGAUCGGUGAGCCAACAAACUUUGUACACACCACACACGUCGGCUCGGGUGACAUGGGCCUGGGAUUAGCCUCGGUGGACCUGGUUCAAGCCCAGAUGAAGUCCAAAGGUGGAUACGUAGACGGCGGCUCUGAAGGGUCACAAUUAUAACGAGCCCUUCAUUGUGGAAACUACUGUUGUUUAUAUGAGGAAGCAGUUCAGUCCUUCAUGGACGCAGGACCAAAAGAUAAAACUACUGCUUUUUCCCAUAAUGUUGUGUAUAUAAUUUUUAUUUUCCAUUUCUUUUUUUGUUUUGUUUUAUGAAAGCACUGCUAUCAAUUUGUUGCCAUGCUGUUGCACUGUAAAGAGUAGCAGUUAGGAAGAGGAGGCUUUAAUACGCUCAUCAUCUCAGUAAGUCAGACGUAUGCUUGUGUGUAUGCAUGAGGGACAACUAUUUUUGCUCUCGGAGCCCACGUCGGAUGCUUGUAUUUAUUAUCGCAUUUGCAAACGGACCUCACGGUGGCUGGGCCACGCCGCGCAGUUGGAACCUUCCAUUUCCGUCUUUUCCUUCUCGGGAGGUUUAAAAAAAAAAAAAAAGGUGGAAGGGGCAAAUUAAGUUUCCUUUUCUUUUCUUUCAGAGAAAUCUCAUGAUCCUCUGAGUUGCCUUCAGGGUCUCAUUGCUGUUUUCUAAUAAUAAACUUGAAUUGAGUAGAGUACACUGGACCACACCAUGUACACUCACGCCUGCUUUAGGAAUUCCGCUUUUUUUUUUUACACUCAUUUACAUCCAGUCAUGUAGAAUUUUAAUAAACUGUUAAUUUACUUAUCUGUUGUCAUGUUCUUUUUGGUUUUCAUUCAUUAUUUAUAAUUUUUUGCAAAGGCAAUGUUCCACCGGGUGCGUCUGCAGAGCUGAUACCAGUCAUUCGUCAACUUUCACCAGCUGCGCUGCGUCGCGUGUACACUCCGUCCCAUCGCCGGAACAAAUAUGCAAGGUUUAUAUUUUUACCAGCUUUGGCAGUAAUUUCGCACACAUAAGGGAAGAAGGGGACAGGAACUUCAGAAUAAAAUGUUCCACGUUUCCGAAUACCAUGUUAAAAGCACAAAAAUCAAGAAAACUAAGACAAAUCCAAGCAAGUCCGCCCCAUUUCUCCUUCUCCAGUUGGACCAUUGUUGUUGAAUUUAUCCCACAUAACAAUUGUCUUGCCGCGCUCCGCACGCAGCCAGUGAGUGUUGGCGAAGCAGCACAAACGCACCGAGUGGAAUCCCAAUUUUUAUUUUCAAAACAACAAUUUUUCAGUUCAGUUUGUUUCGUACAUGCAUAGCCAGGAAAGACAAACAGUGCAGUAACUAAAAUUGAAAGCAACAUGGAUGCCAGUGUUCUUCCACCUUUAUGGACCUAGUGAAUGUUCCACCUUUGCGGAUUAUUCACAUGUGUUUUAACGCCGCUAAGGACAUUUUUCCUCUGUUUUUUUGCUCGUCAGCAGGAUUACACAAAAACUCCUUGUGGAGGUUUGGGGGUAGGGAGGCAGGGUUCGAAGAAAAAAAAAAAAAACCUAAAUGACGAAUGCAGGAAUCGUAACCAGAAAUUGCAAGCACAUGCCGAAGGAAGGUGCACAAUUUGCUACUCAUCCAAAUUAGCAUUGUUUGGUCUCUGCCGAGUCUAAUGAUGUCGUAUUUCCUCAAAUAGUAUGUACACACUCAACCGCAGAGUAGCAGACAUGGAUUUUGAGAGAAAGUGUUUUUGCCUUUAAGUAAGGGGCGGGGCUAGACAUGCUGAUGUCUUUAGUUGAUUGGACACAAUCAGCAGUUGCCAUCUUUUUAUUCUUGCUUCAAUAAACCAUCUGGAGGGGGAGCUAGUUGUUUGUUUCACCCAGCAAUCAAGCAGACCAUGGUGCCUUUUUUUUUAUUUUCUCCCCCGCAUCUAAGCAGUAGAAAAUACAUUUUUGAUGUAUAAAAUACAAUGCAUUAUUUCAUGUGUGUGCAUUCUGAAUGUGCAUUUUAUAGAUAAUAGUAUGAUAUUAAGGUACAUCUAUUUGAAGUGGGGUGUUUGUUGUUGUGAUCAAGGACACACUCAACGAAGCAUGGUGUUGAAAGAGUAAAGGCAAUUAUGUUAAUGAGAAAAUGUAUGUCCAAAUUAUAUGAUGUUUUUUUUUCUUUUCGUUUUUUGUGCCAAAAGCCUCUUUUUUUUAAUUCAUAUUCUGCAGUAGCGGUAAAAAAUGGAUAAUUAAAAAAAAAAAAAAGUGAGAAUGCAUGCCUUUUUUAAUUGAUAUUCAUAAUUCUUAAUAAUAUUAUUAGCCAAAUGGGGGCAGAAAACAUCUAAGACUAUGUGAGAUUUAUUUGAGGUGAGGCAUUUGUUUGUAUUGUACUGUAUUAAAGCCAAUGUUCCUAUUUGAGGAAAUACGGUAGUUUUGCUGUCAGACUUCUAAGAGAUGAAUAAUAAUAUUUAAAAACUAUAAACGCAGUUGGAUUCGUUUGUCUUUGGACCUGUAAUGCCAUCCUUACUUCAUGUUGUCUGUUUUGAUUGUUGUGACAUUGUUUCGGGAAGCUUCUUGUAUUUUAUUCAGCGUUUUAAAAGAAGGCCUUAAAGAGAGCAAAUCUAGUAUGAAUGUUAAGGACCCCAGUCAGGGUGGGAGGGAACAUUUGUGUCCUCCAUUGCUUAUAUAGCAGGAUGUUGGAAUAAUAAUCCUCUUGAAUUCAAUGCAUGCGAUGUGUGUGUCUCAUGUGCAUCCUGUGGUGUGUACAGCAGAAUGUAACCCUACCAUCAAGCCAGCAAACACAUGUGUUACUGUCUGUACCAGGCAAUAUAAAUAUAUAUAUAAAUAUACAUAUUUAACAAAAAAAAAAUAAACCAGCCAGAGUCUUUAUAUAAAAGAUCAACCAUAUCAACUCAGAAAAAAAGUAUUUCUUUUAAGGACAUCUUCAACAAACUGCGUUGUUUUAAUAUGUAAAUGUUUUUCUUGUCCUGUUUGUUCUCCAUCACCCUGGUGCUGAGUUGCAAUACAACUUGUGAACAACAGGCUGUGCUAGAAGACUAGUUGAAUGUCAUUUUAAGAAAUAUAAACACAUCCCUUUUUUUUUAGUCACAGCAUUUUUUUGUUUUGUUUCAUGAUGUGAACCAACAAAAAAAAGUAAUGAUCAAUAUUUUUAUAUGUGCAGGUCGAUACGUGUUGAGUUAUUGUAGAAAUGAGCAGUGUUUUAUUCCCUAAACACUGCAUGAUAUGUUGCUUAUAUAAGAAAGUCCAUCUUUUUGUUGUGCAAUGAGGAAAUAAAUGUCAUGUCUUGAUGU